AUGCACAGAAUCGAGCGUGCAAAGGCCAAAGGAAGAACAGAUGUUGAUCUCAAUGAGGAAGAGAUGGGUGCCCUGGAGCGACGACGAAAGAGAGACGAGGCAGCGAAGAAGAAGAAGAGCGGCAAGAAGCGUAAAGACCAGCGAGUCGCUGUGCCUCUUACCCAGCUGGAGCCGUCAUCGCGCAAAAAGAAAGCACCCACAGUCUCUAGUCAACCACGCACACAGUCGCGAGCCCGGCAAUCUUCUAACAGCAACCUUGCCGAGGAUCAAGACCGUCCGUCGCGACCUUCCAUGGGCUAUUUCCCACCGCCAGCGACAGCCGGCCGACCACGCUCAGGGACCUCGUCGCAAAGACCUCAAAGUCGAGUGAGGGCCCCUUCUAAUAGCCGUCAGCCUUCUGAUAGCUCAGUGAUUGUUCGUCGAGGUAGGAACUCGAGUCAAGCUCCCCUCGAUCCCUUCCAGUUCCAGGUUCCAGGCGCCCAGGCCUCUAGUCCAGCUGGAUCAUGGAGACAAUUCUCAGGGGCUCAGCGUUCAUCACGGGGAUCUCGUCAAAUCAACGGGUCAAGCGAGGAACAGAGCGAGAGCGAGGAUGAGUCUGAUGAGGAAAGAGAAGCAUCAGUAGAGACGACAUCUAGUGACGAUGUUGGCAGUGGAGCUCAGAUUGUCGUUGAGGAAUCGUCUCCUGAGCCUUCUAAGCCCGAGCCAGUCAGGAGAAAUCCGCCUCGUACUUCUGCUUCAUCAUCCACGUCCAAGCGAAAGCCUGCGGCGAAUGGUGGGCGAAGGAAAAAGUAA